CUAGCUAUGAAUCACACCGCCGAACAGACAGAAAGCAAAGCUAAGCUAGCUGUUAUUUUAUUUUAUAUUUUUUUAUGAAUAAUUUUUCCAUAAAGCGAUGCCCGGAGAAUCUUGGCACAAAUCUUUCAACAGUUAAGACAGCAAAAGAUAUACAUGGCUCACUACCUUACAAAUAAUAAUUAAUUAUAUAUCAUUUUUUCAAUUUCUUUGUCUUAUAAUGCCACCACCCCCCAUACAUACACCUAUUGUCUCUCUCUAUCUCUCUCUCUCUCUCUCUCUCUCCUAUUGCUUCUCUCCCUCUCUCUCUCUAUUACAACCAUCGAAAACCCAACCCAAAAAAAAAAAAAAAAAAACACUAUGGCAACCUCUGUUCGUGUCAAGGAAGCCAUUGUUAUCGUCCCCUCCGAACCAACCCCAUCUCAUGUCCUUCCUCUCUCCGCCAUUGAUUCCCAGCUCUUCCUCCGCUUCACCAUCGAAUACCUCCUUGUCUACAAGCCCAGGCACAAUGCCAACCAGACCGCCACACUGUCACGUGUCAAGUCCGCAUUGGGCAAAGCUCUUGUCCCGUACUAUCCACUCGCCGGUAGAGUUAGGCCCAAGCCCGACGGUUCGUCUCUCGAGGUGGUCUGUCGAGCCCAAGGUGCGGUUUUCAUCGAAGCCGUCUCGGACCGAACGGUGUCGGACUUCGAUCGGGCUCCGAGGUUCGUGGCGCAAUGGAGGAAGCUCCUGUCGUUCCAAGUCAGCGACGUUCUUAAAGGAGCACCACCGCUCGUGAUGCAGCUGACGUGGCUUAAAGACGGAGCCGUGGCUAUCGGUGUCGGAUUCAACCAUUGUACUUGCGACGGAAUCGGAAGCGCCGAGUUUUUAAAUCUGUUCGCCGAGUUAGCUCUUGGAAAAUGCCGCGGACUCGCCGAUCUCAAAACAAAACCCGUUUGGGAUCGUCACCUUUUAGACCCUUUGGUAAAAGUGAUAAAACAUAACAAUAAUAGUAAGAAUAUUAAUCUACCCGAGUUCAACCGAGUACAAGACCUUUCUGGGUUCGUGACUCGGUUCGCCAACGAAAGGCUCACUCCCACAUCAAUCAUCUACAACAGAAGACAACUCGGGGAGCUUAAAAACAGAGCUCUUUCGUCGAACUCGAUAUCAUUUACAUCUUUUGAGGUUCUCUCGGGUCACGUAUGGAGGAGCUGGACUAGAGCGUUGAAUCUGCCUUCGAAUCAGAUAGUGAAGCUGCUCUUCAGCAUCAACAUACGUAACAGAGUGAAGCCGAGCUUACCAGCGGGUUACUAUGGGAACGGCUUCGUGCUGGGUUGCGCUCAGAGCAGCGUGAAAGACUUGGUGGAGAAGGGUGUGUGGUACGCUGCAGGGUUGGUGAAAACCGCGAAAGAGAGAGUGAACAAUGAGUACGUGAGAGCGGUGGUAGAAUCGGUGAGCGAGUCGAGGGCGUGUCCUGACUCGGUCGGGGUGUUGAUAGUUUCGCAGUGGUCAAGGCUGGGAUUGGAAAGGGUUGACUUUGGGUUGGGUAGGCCAGUUCAUGUGGGACCCAUAUGCAGCGAUAGGUACUGCUUGUUUUUGCCAGUGGCUGAUCAGAGCGACGCAGUGAAGGUCAUGGUGGCGGUCCCCACAAGUGCAAGUGAAAAGUACGAGUACCUGGUCAAGACCCCAUACUCGUAGUAUUGUGGAUCAAGGACCACUUGAUUCUACAUCUCCCAUUACCAUAUACACACUCCAUUGACUUGUAUAAUUUAUUUGACUUUUUGGUUUUUUUUUUUUUCUUUUUUUAAUCACUUAAAAACAUUUAGAGGCUAGAUCGAUUCCAAUUGCCAAUCCAAACAAAUAGUACAAGAAGCUACUACCUUAGA